AUGUCAAAAAGAAGGAGAUUGGGCAAACCUGCUGCUCUUGCCGAGAAAGGCGCGAAUGAGCCAAAAAUGCUGACGGAAAAGGAUUUGGAUUAUGGAGACUCUAGGAAGAGAGACUACAAUGUCGAAGAUUGUCCAAGGAAGGACAAGUUUUCCCGAGGACACGGAACAUCAGCAGAAUUAAUGGACAAAAUCACAAAACCCACUUACGAUGAAGCCCCAAUCAAUGAGGAAGGAACUGAUAACCCAACAGAUGAACCUCGAGAACUUACCAACUAUAAAGCACCACUUACACAAGAAACCACACAAGACCCAAAAAUAAAGUAUUAUUUACAGGAAAUAAAGGAUCAAUCUGAAGGCAUGCCAUCAUGUGACAUCAUGGAAGGGGAUCAAGAUGAAGGUAUAUGCCUCGAGCCGCAAAGAAAAGUUGUACUGAUGGGAGACCAUUUUAUGGCAGCCCCAGAUAACAUAAAACAGGAUGCCAGUAAUGAAACAUCAGGAUAUAUGCUACAACACACCUCCAGAAAGAUGGAGAAGUAUAAACCCAGAAACUCGUAUGCAACCACAAUGACACUCAACCUGUCCAGUGCAAAAGAUCAGUUCGCUCCAACAGAUUAUUAUGAUCAAGAAGGAGAACAUGAUCCCAUACAAAAUGGUAUGGAGCCUGGCAGAACCAGCAUAAGAUGA